UAUGAGCAUUGUUUCUGACACACAAUUUGUUUCCAGGCUUUAGGAAAACAGUUGAAAAUAUGCGGCUAUAAGAAAAAUAACGAAGUCACCGAUUUGUAUCUUGGUGAAAAAGGAUUAAAAGACAUCCCUGAUUUAUCACAGUUCCGGAUAUUAAGCCAUUUGUGGCUAAAUAAUAAUAAGAUUCAGAAUCUAACUAUGUUGAAGCAUAACUGCUGCUUGACAGAACUGUACCUCAACAAUAAUGAAAUCCGAGAUAUAUCAGGUGCUCUGAAACAUAUUCAUGUGUUGCGAAUCCUGAUGCUUCACAACAAUCACCUGAAAAACCUGGAGAAAACUGUGAAAGAGCUUCAAGGAAUGCAACAUCUGCAGACCUUAAACCUGUUUAAUAACCCCAUGUCUCAUGAUCGCAGAUACCAUCUGUACGUAAUAUACCACAUUCCUUCAGUAACAUUGUUUGACAGAAAAGAAGUAACUCCAAAAGAAAGAGUAUCAGCUGUUCAUAUAUAUGACCAUGAAAGGUCCCUCGUGCUUCAUUCUAUAGGAUUUGGGAAGAAAAUCGAUGAGCCGUUUUUGCCUAAGCCAUCAUUUUGCCUAACACCAACCAGAGUGAUGAGAUUGCCUCCAGGUUGCGAGUUUGGAAAUCACCUGGUUAAGAUUCCGUAUGAGAACCCAGAACAUGCUGUACUUGUGAGGGCCAUGAGGCGAUCCGUCAUGGAGUUCGCCACUGUUGACUGGGAGAAGAUGCCCACCUGCGAAGAGAAACGCCUUGGUAGCAAUCCAGAAAAAAGGCCAGAGAGACUGACAAUUAAGUUUCGAUAAAUGUGGCUUUUCUCCGACAGUUGUCUCUUUAAAAAA